AGUCCCGGAUGUUGUCUCGGCCGCCGAGAGAAAGGCGAACGGGAGAAGGCGGAGAGAAGCUGAGGAGGGACGCCACGGCACCGCGGGCACACCGGCGAAGCUACGACUACGGCCGGCUCUUUGCACAGGACGAUACCGCCGAGAGCACGGGACACUCCUGGGGAGCCUCUGCCAGCUGAAGAAGAGGAGGUGGGAAGAAGGGGAGGGGGCAGUUACUCUGAAAACUACCGUCAGGAUUACAGAGAGCCACCGUCACAGCAGCUUUCACCCAGAGAAUGAAGAAUGAUGGCACUGUAACACUCGUGGUCAUAUCCUUCUCAGCUGAGCAGACUUGAUUGUUAAUGCACUGGGAGGGGAGCAACACACUGCAAGAGUUGACCUACAGAAGAAGUUACGCUGAUGUCUUGAGCUGAGGGAGACUUCAUCCUCUACCUGUCACUCGUCUCCGUUUGUUAUUCCACACCUGGUCUGCUCUCCAUCAGUCACCGAGCUCCAACUGCAACCACCGCCACUUCCACCUGUUCCCCAUCCCCCCCCUCCUGCCCAGCCUGCCGUCACCAUGACGUCGGAGCUGGAGAGCAGUCUGACCUCCAUGGAUUGGCUUCCUCAGCUGACCAUGCAGGCGGCCAUCCGCAAGGCGGACGCCCAGAAUGCCCACGGGCCAGGCAUGGGCAAGAAGAGUGCCCUACUGGAUCCUAACACAACGUUGGACCAGGAAGAGGUGCAGCAGCACAAAGACGGCAAACCGCCCUACAGCUACGCCAGCCUCAUCACGUUUGCCAUCAACAGCUCGCCAAAGAAGAAGAUGACACUGAGUGAGAUCUACCAGUGGAUCUGUGAUAACUUUCCCUACUACCGGGAGGCGGGCAGUGGCUGGAAGGUCCAUUCCAAGGUUGGCCUUACAGCAACAAAGCAGAACUCAAUACGGCACAAUCUGUCAUUGAACAAGUGUUUUCUCAAAGUGCCUCGCUCCAAAGAUGACCCAGGAAAGGGGUCCUACUGGGCCAUCGACACCAACCCAAAGGAGGACGCCUUGCCUACACGGCCAAAAAAGAGGCCGAGGUCUGGAGAGCGGGCUUCUACGCCGUACAGCCUGGAGUCGGAGUCUUUGGGGAUGGAGUGUAUGAUCUCUGGAAGUGCCUCUCCAACGCUGGCAAUCAACACUGUGACUAACAAGGUGGCGUUGUACAACACAGACCAAGAAGGGAGCGAUAGUCCAAGAAGCAGCCUUAACAACAGCCUGUCUGAUCAGAGUCUGGCCUCCGUCAAUCUCAACAGUGUGGGCAGUGUGCACAGCUAUACACCGGUGACCAGUCAUCCAGAGCCCGUGUCCCAGUCUAUGAGCCUCCAGCAGCCCCCCCAGUCCCAGUACAAUAUGCCAGACAGGGAUAAACAGCUCCUGUUCUCUGAAUUUGAAGAUCUCAGUGCCUCCUUCCGCAGCCUUUACAAGUCUGUUUUUGAGCAGUCCUUCAGCCAACAAGGUCUGAUGGGCAUACCGUCAGAUUCCUCCCAGCAGACCCACACCUCGUGCUCCUAUCAGCACUCCCCCAGUGGCACCAUUAGCACUCAGAACAGCCUGUCAAACAACCAACCCAACAAUCACCCCAACAGCCACUCCGCCAACAGUGGCCAGGUGCCCCUGUCCCAUCCUGCCCAAGCCCACCCCGGCCACGGCUCGCCGCACGCACAGCACCUCCCGCAGCACGGCGGCCCCCACAACCAACACAACCAACACGCCCAGCACAGUCAGCACCCACAGCACCCACAGCACCCCCAGCACGCUGCACACUCCCAGCACGGGCAGCACCCAUCGCAGCACCCGUCCCACGGCCAGCACCCACAGCAACACACGCCACACCCCUCCCAACACACGCAGCACAGCCAGCACCCCUCUCAACACGGACCGCAGCAUCAGAGCCUCUCCCACCAGCCCCAUCCUACCCAGCAACAGAUGGCCUGCAACACAGGUUUACUGUCUGACUGGUACCCAAAUCUGGAUGCACUGAAAGAAAGCUGUCGUAUUGCUAGCAGCUAUAACUGGGCUGAUGUCGACCUUUCACCUUUCCAAGGAUUAAGAGAGAGUAUGAGACAAGCGGAGUUGAACAAUUGGUCCCUGGAACCCACCCAGAUCGCAGACCUCUGCUCGUCCAUCAACCAGUUUUUUGCCCGCACAGGUGUAAUCCAGCCACAAGGGACAGUGCAGCCUCCUGUUUGUCAUGGCUCCAUGCACCCCAACAAACCCAGCCAGCACAUCAACACAGGAAAUCUCUACAUGGAUUCCAGACAGAGCAUGUCCAUGAUGGGUCCUCCAGGAUAUCCCCACAUGCCCCCCAUGAGCAGCACAGGACCCACAAUGACAGGACACCAUGCACAGAUGAACCAGCAGCACAUGAUACCUACCAGAAACUUCCAGAUGCAUCGCAUGCCAGCUGAUGACAUCCAGGAUGAUUUUGAUUGGGACUCCAUUGUCUAGCCCCCUAGACCUCUGUUUGCAAACAAAAGGGAGCGAGGAGAGGAGUUGGAAGCCAGAGGAAGCCAGGCUGAGCUGAAAGGCCACAAGAGGAGGAGGAGGAGGAGGCCACUGUGGGUGGGAUGCAGAAGAACUUUUGACAAGCUUUGGAGAAAGACAGACUACAGUGUCCUGACAUUUUUACAAAAGCAAAACAUAACUAGAAAAUGUUACUUUGAAGACAAUCAUAUUUAGUCGGACAUGUUAAAGUGAUGAUGCUUAUGUACUUGUCUAGAGACAAGUAGAACACAUUCACGUCUAAACCACAUGCUCCUCAGCUCCUCAGCCAGCCCUCUCCCCGUCCCUAGCCAGCAGCCUUCCAAAGCCCGAACCCCUCUCCCCCCCGACCCCCUGCUCUGUAACUGUUAUGUGAUUUGAGCGACGUGUUCAGCUUGUAAUUCUUCUCGUGUUGACAUUGGCCUCAGCUGCCUCUUGGAUGAGUUUAUCUCUCUUUUUUAAAAUAAUUAUUUUGUUUUAUUUUAGUUUUUGAGAAACACAGGCCGUCUCUGUGAGUAAUGUGAUGGUGCUCGUUGGUCACUUUUGGGAGAAAGUGGGCCCCAAGUGCAUUGGUGGUAAAGUUAGGUUUACAAUAAGUGAGGUUUUGAACAGGGUGUUAAAUGUUUAAGCAGGCUUGAUAUUAAACAAACCAACAGAGAGAGAGAGAGAGCGAGAGAGAGAGAGAGAGAGAGAGAGAUCACAUAAAGUAUUGUGAUCUGUUUUCAUAGCCAACCAAUGUAAUCAGGCUCACUGCAACAGACUAGUUAUGGGAGUACAGCAACUUUUUUUCUUAGUUCUUUGUCUCAAGCACUUCAAGAUGAGUGAAUAUGAUGAGUGUGAGGAGAAGGUGAAAGCAGGGAAGCCAGACAUUUUUGUUGUCUUUUUAAAAGUCAUUCAACCCAAAGUAACAGGUUUAGGUUCUCUGUGUGCAUCAUGUCGGUUAGUAAUUGCUUUACCAAUCAGAAGCUGUUGUAACGUUAAAAUACUAAACAAAUGUACAUUUUCAAGCCAGUUUUAAUGGUAAAGUUCAUCAGUUUUAGAUGAGAAGCCUAUUGAUCAUUAAACAAGCCACCCGUCAUUCAGAAACAACAUAAUCAUUUCUAAUCUAAUCUGACUGCUAUAUUCAUAAGGCCAAUGUAAGGAUGGACUGAUACUAGCUUAUCACUAAUAUGUCAAAUACUGGCAUAUGUCACCUAAUGUAACAAUAAAUUGCAGCACAGAAAUGUCAGAUAUGUUUGAAAUAACUUUGUUAAGAGUUUGACAACCAGAGAGCACCGGGAAGUCGAUUUCCAAACUGUGAAGUGUCCCACUCAGCACACAUCAUGAUCAUAUCUCUUUAAAAAUAUUAAAGAAAUUGUUUGUUUAUGCUAAACAAACAAAAACAAUCAGCUGAUAUAUCAUUAUCUGAUCUUUUAAACUUUCAAAUAUCGGUAUUGGUACCAGCCUAAACAAUCCAGUAUUCUUUGGUCUCUAGUUUCCAAGCAAUUUUUUGUUUAAAUGUACGGUUCAAGUCAGUGGGGUUUGGUUUUAUUAAAGCCGUAGUCGGACAUUUUGGGAAAUAUGCUUUAUUGCUUUUUUGCCAAGAGUUAGAUGAGAAGACAUUGCUGUAAAUGUGAAGGUAGUAAACUACAGCCAGGUUAGCUUAGCGUAGCAUAAAGACUGUAAACAAGGGGCAACAGCUAGCCUAGUUCUGUCUGAUUGUAACAAAAUCUGCCUACCAGCACCUCUAAAGCUCAAUAGUUGACACAGUAUAUCUUGUUUGUUCACUCUGUACAAUAACUGGAGUGUAAAAACAGUUUGUGGUUUUACGGGGAGUUAAGUGCCGGACCUUUUUGUCUGGUUGCAGUAACUUCAGAUUUAACGUUGGUGAGAUUUAGAGGUGCUAAUAAGCUGAUUUUGAUACCUUUGGCCAAACUCGAGCUAGCUGUUUCCCCGUUUUCAGUCUCUGUGCUAAGCUAAGCUAAUUGGCUGCUGCAUGUAGCUUCAUAUUUACCAUAUAGAGUAUGUGUGAGAGUAUUUCCUAAAAUGUCUGACUAUUCCUUUAAA